GACUGCAAUAUUUCGAACAACCCCUGGUUGUUACAUUUACUACACGUAAAAAGCCCUUUUUGCCUGUGUAUGAUUUGGAAUGAGGGAGUACACAGGAUGUCGUUUUUACGAUUCCUGGAGCAUUUUGUUACUGUGUUCUGUGAUUGGAGUGGGAGCUGUCGUCAGCGCGCAUGCUGAUUGCACACAGCUACCUUGUCUGAAUGGCGGCCUUUGCGGCUUCGAGCCCGGCACCAAUGUAAGCUUGAGCUGCCUGUGCCCCCCUAGCCACUGCGGCGACCGCUGCCAGUUCCUUUCGCCCUGCCAGAACGGUGGCAAGUGUGUCUACAUCGUCACGGGGCCCGAAGUGGUGAGGCUCGCCUGCGAGUGCCCGGUCAACUACACCGGCUAUCGGUGCGAGCACCUUCACGCCUGCUCCUCCAACCCCUGCCCGACAAAUCGGCGCUGCGAGGUGGACAUAUUCAACAGUUACCGAUGCGAGUGUCUGGAGGCUGGCUACCACGGGCCUGAUUGCGACAUAUUUAACAAGUGCUCCCAGUCUCCUUGUCGGAACAAUGGCACGUGUGCAUUCACGGGAAGCAACCGUUAUCGAUGUGACUGUAAUCCGAACGGCAUAGUCAGCGGUUUCCACGGCGUCAACUGCGAGCUGUUCAAUCCCUGCUUGACGUCUCCCUGUGGCGAAGCUGGGACCUGUCACCAAGACCCGUCGAAGGGUGCAAGCGAGGCGUUCAACUGCUCGUGCGAUGACCAGCACUACGGUGAGCUGUGCCAGUACCGGGACGAGUGUCUCCAGUCGCCUUGCCUCAACAAUGGCUGGUGUUCACUCUUGGAAACUGGGGGCUUUGAGUGCGAUUGCCCCGCCGGCUACCUUGGCCCAACGUGCGCACAUUCGGUGUGCAAUUGGUUUUCCUGCCGUCACAACGGUACCUGUUCCAUCGAUGAAUUGGGCCGACCGGUGUGCCUCUGCCCGAGCGAGUACUACGGCAGCAAGUGCCAGACGCUCAAUUCCUGCCUGCAGUACGAACUGUGCCAGCACGGUGGCAACUGCACAGACGUGCAGGGGGACUACUUCACCUGCGCCUGCCCAGUGGGCUGGAUUGGCAUCCUGUGUGCCUUCAAGGAUCCGUGUGUCGACAACACCUGCCAUCCUAACCAGACCUGCAUUUCCGCCACUCCGUACAUGUCGUAUCAGUGCACGUGCAACUCGGCUGAGUACAACGGGCCCUGGUGUACCGACUAUGAUUCUUGCUCGCACCAGCCAUGUCAGAAUGGAGGAUACUGCACGUUUAAGGGUCACAUGAGUUACGACUGUGACUGCGCUCCAAACGGCUUCCCGACGGGUUACUACGGCAAAAACUGCGAGCAUCGACAGCCGUGUCCGGAGCAGUUACCCAGCGUCUGCUCCAACCACGGGGUGUGCGAGUACACGAACAAGGAGCCUGGCUACAAGUGCGUCCAGUGCGACAGCGGCUACUACGGUCAAGCCUGCGAACGCUACGACGGCUGUCACAGCGACCCCUGUAAGAACGGCCAGCCUUGUGUCUCGCUCUACCUGUUUCAGAAGUACUUCUGUAACUGCUCGGAGCAGUACACGGGAGAUCAUUGCGAGAUUCCAGUCACCUGUAAUGACCCAUCCUCCAGUAUCACAGUCAGCACCAAAGGCUUGUAUUUCUGGCCCGAGACUUUGAUCGGAAAGGCUGCCGUUCUUCCCUGCCAUGUCGGCACGGGUUUUGCAAGGAGGAGGUGCGAGGCCUGGGUGACCGGGGGAUUUGCACUGGCCAUUUUCUGGGUCACCCCAGACAUGUCUUCUUGUGAUACAGUUAACUUUACCAAGGAGGUGGCGACAAACAUGUCACACUACCUCGUACAUACAACCAGUAAUGCAGAAGACAUGCAGGAGGAGGAGGUGACGUCAUCCACGGAAUUGCUGGUGGCUAUCAUCAUUUAUGCUUACUAUGACUACGAGCUGGCCAAGGAUCUCAUGCUUUGCAUCAGCAAUCUCCUGGAGGUCAAUGAGACUGUUCUCCGAGACAGCUCCGUUCAGUCGGACACAAACACGAAGCUUCUCUCCAUGAUAGAUUCCUACGCCGAGAAAACAGUCCUAGGGACCAAUGACUCUGCAGCGGAGUUACUCACCGACAACAUCGAGAUCAAAGUAGAGGAUGUCUCUUUAGAGCAAGCCACAAUGACGGGCUCGCACUUUCAGUCCUCACUGCCUAACUCCCAAGGGAUUUCAGUCAAUAUUCCAUCGGAGGCUUUUGCCGAGGAGGAUUUGAUGGCCGCUGUGGGCGAAACAGACUCUGUUCGAGUCAACUUUGUGGUCAUGACAAACACCAAGUUGUUCAUACCGGUCGCCCAACAGGAAGAGGCCUACAACGGCUAUGCCGUCUCGGCGAGAAUUCAGGGCAGGGCGGUCAGCGGGCUGGCGGAGCCGGUCACCAUCAGCUUGCCUAUGGAGAACGUUGAAGUUGGGAAAACACCAAAAUGCGCAUUUUGGAAUGGAAAAGAAGGAAGAUGGGAUACGACUGGGUUGAAGUUAAUCUCAAAGGCAAACAAUUCGGCAGUGUGUGAAUCUAGUCAUUUGACGUACUUUGGCAUUAUCGUGGAUCCAGGGAUGCCCUUUGAAAUCCCAGCAACUCACAUGAAGAUCCUCAGCAUUAUUACGAGAGUUGGACUCUGUGUCACCUUGUGUGGGCUGCUUCUGACCUUUCUGACAUACCUCCUGUUCAAACAAUUACGAGGGACCCGGUCAGGCAAAAUCUUAAUUCAUCUCUCUGCAUCCCUGUUCGGCCUCAACUUCGUGUUCAUCAUAGACAGCGCUCUCUCGCUGAAGUCACCGAAAGCCCUCUGCCUGGCCUCGGCCAUUUUGCUGCACUACUUUGUGCUGACGUCAUUCUCGUGGAUGGCUAUGGAAGCGGUGAACAUGUACAGGGCACUGGUGCAAGUCUUCAUCCGCGGGAGCACUGGGUGUUUCAUGACGAAAUGCAUCAUCACAUCUUGGGUCGUGCCGAUUGCUAUAGUGACUGCCGCAGCCGCAACGGGUCCAGAAAAAAAUUACGGCGAGAGACAGGGCAUGUGCUUGCUGCUUACCACAAACCCCUAUGUGUACUACAUUUCGUAUCUCGGUCCAUGUUGUAUCAUCCUGGCUAUCAACAUCGUCGUUUUUGUCAUGGUUCUGUAUGCAGUGUGCUCCCCUCGCAGCAAGAAACUGCACAAUGCUACAUCAAGCCUGCCUAGAAAUGGCGUGCGAAAGACACAGAUCGGCUGUGCUCUGUCCGUAACGUUUCUACUGGGUCUGACCUGGGUCUUUGGCCUGUUUGCAGUUGGAAAUGCCACCUUAGUAUUUCAGUACAUAUGUACAACACUCAACACCAUGCAAGGGUUCUUCAUUUUCCUGUUCCGGUGCGCUCUGAAUCCAGAGGCCGUACGCUGCUGGCGUCAUCUAAUCACCAACGGGACACUCAACCCUCGCCAGACACCCUGUAACUCCGCCAUCAAAAACAACAACCAGCACAGCCAGCACAGCCAGCAGACCAACAGCACCAAGCUGCAGCACCAGGAGCAGCAAUCCAGCAAGGCUGUCGUGUCGGUGGUCAACACCGGUUACGUGUCCGACGAGCUGUCGUCCGACGACCACAUCCUGCGCAUCCUGGAGAGAGCAUGCCACAGCAGCAAGUACUCUGUGGACUCGUACGAGAAGUGGAUCAACACCUGGGAGCAGAACAUGAAGUUGAGGAAUGUGAUGAUGGACAACAUCAAGCCAAGGAAUGAUAUCUGAUUGUAAUGUGGACCUUGUCUUCAAAUUGGUAAGCAGAAAACGGACACAGCAAAGCUGACAGAGGAAAAACACUAUGGAAAGAAGAGUGAGAUACACAAAGAAUUCGAUAAUAAUGUGUUUUCUAGGUUCUGUUGUUCCUCCAAGACCAAAAAAUUAAUCAGUGUUAGAGCAGCAAAUCAUGCACGCAUACCAUUUAGCGCUAAUUCGUCACAUCGAGAACUAAAUGGGAAUUUAGUAGGGACUUACCGUACUGUUUGCAACAACCUCUUGAACAUAUAUGUCAAUAACUCUUUCUACCAAACCAAGAGGUAAUACUCAUUUGGGUAGGAAACACAGAGGUGGUGUAUUGAGGAAGACAGUGGGAUAAAAAUGAGAUGCAGAGAUGCAAUGGAUGGUGGGGAGGGAAAGAGAAUAAGACGAGAAGGAGAGGGAUAUUUGGAUUGGUGAAAAACGAGGAGACACUAGAGAAGUUGCGAUCAUGGGAACCCCGUCCUAGCCUGUCUCCAACCUCAUGCAAUGGAGUUGCGCUGUCUAAUGGUCAGAAAUGUACAGUGCCAUUUUCUGUUUAAGAGGGUAUCUUGCUGUCUGCUAGGUUGACGCUCAACUGGGUAUUUCAACCUCGGUAAGCUUACUCCCUCUAUUAAAGCCGGUGACGUAGAAGUGUAAAGUGCAGUUUUCCAAUUAAUUAGGAAACUAUGCUGCCCGAUUAAAGCUGCCCCAUUAACGUUGGCUGCUGAAGAAUUUCUUCGUAGAAUAAAGCGCGUGAGAUGAAAGUAACUUGUAAUAGUAACCGCUCAUUGUUUAGUUAUAACAAUAGACUCUAAACAUGGAGACUUCGUUGCUAGAUGUAGUAAUUUAUUUUCCAUGCUAACCUAAGCAUCUCUCUGUGUCGUGUACUAACGCAACCGGUAUAUGUAUGUGCCUUGGUGCUUGGAACUUCCUAAAUGCCCCCAAAUCAAGUCUGUAUACAGGACGCCCCGGGCACUUGCCUAGCAAAACCUAAACCAGCAGCUUCAGCGAUUCACUUGUCACACGCUGUGGAAACUCAGAACUAGGUAUUUCCUCGAGCUUUGAAAAUAUGUGAAGCUCUUGGUGGCAGUUUGUCUCCUUUGGCGUAUAAAAAUGCGACGCGGUGAUUUACAACAACUUAAAUGCAGCAAAUUUGAUACCGGUAUAGAGUUACAUACCGUGUGUCUUCAAGUACACCUGAGUGAUCACGUAUACUAAUGAAAUUUCUUGAUGGAGAACUGUAUGAAAGACAGCAGAGAGGAUAUCUUUGAAUGAGAGUAAGCGUGGACAAACGAGGUACGACAUGGGGGUCAUGUCUGCCUGAGAGGCGAUUUGAGUUUUUUGUGCACAAUUUAUGUGUGAACGGAGAGCAGAUUGUAUUUCUCUAACGGUAUUAUGUGACUCGUGUUUUAUGUAUUAAUGCUGGGUUCAAUUUGUUUUAGUGUUACAGACAAUAUACAUAUAUUCGUUGUUGCUAAAUUUUGUUUAUAAAGUCUGAGUGCGAAAGUAGACGAAUGAAGAGUCCUUCCAUUCUUUUGCAAACAUUUCUCUAACAAAUAUCAGUAUGAAACUUAAAUCAUUGGACUGAGUAGCAUGUGUCCUUUCAGAUACCAUCAAGAUUGCCAGAUUUGAACAAUUUUCUUGUCAUUAGUAAUCCAAUACAUGCAGACAUUUUAGAGCGGGAUCAGAAAUGGUAAAAGGUGGAUAAAUGGAGAAAUACCGGUCCAGAUUUGUCGCCUUCUUUGGCAAAGAUGUCCCUAACUAAAGCUAAUGUGAAUGAGAAAAUUACAUCAUUGGAUAGAAUAACACGUGCCCUUUCAGAUGCCACCAAGCUUACCGAAUUAGAGCAAUUCCUGGGUUAUUUAUGAUCCAAUAUACGCAGACAUCUUUGUGCUAUAAAAUGACCUUUUCAACGCAAAGACAUACAGAAUUCCUUAAAAAUAGCAAGCAGACGGCCGAGAACUCUUCCCUUCUUUUGCUUCUAUUUCUCUAAAAAAGUAAAUAUAAAUAUGGAACUUAAAUAAUUGGAUUUAAUAACAUGUGC